ACACAAACACCGCGGGCCGCGCAGGGUGGGGAUCGGCGCGGGCGGGAAGCGGCGGGGGCAGUGGGGCCGCCCCGCCUCCCUGCCUCCCUUCGGCGCUCCGGCGGCGGCCGGCGCAGGACAAUGGAAGAGGCGGCAGCGGCGGGAGUAGCGGCGGCGGGAGCGGGAGCGGGAGCGGCGGCGGCGGCGGCGGGGGGGCCCUGCCCGGCGGAUCGAACGGGAGCGGCGGCGCUGAGCGGGGAGAACGAGGCCGAGAGCCGGCAGGGCCCGGCGGAGCGCGGUGGGGAGGUGGCCCCGCUCAACCUGUUGGACACUUGCGGCGUGUGCGGGCAGCCCAUCCAGAGCCGGCGGCCCAAGCUGCUGCCCUGCCUCCACUCGGUCUGCCUCCGCUGCCUGCCGCAGCCCGACCGCUACCUCAUGCUGCCCCCCGCCAUACCCUCCUCGGCCGCCGGCACCCCCAAGGAGCCGCAGCCGCCGGCACCCCCCUCCUCGCCCGUCUCUUCGCCGGCCUCACCCCUGCACUGCACGCCCGUCGGUGUUAUCCGCUGUCCAAUUUGUGGUCAGGAAUGUGCAGAGAGACACAUCAUAGAUAACUUUUUUGUGAAGGAUACCACAGAGGUUCCCAGUAGCACAGUAGAGAAAUCAAAUCAGGUCUGCACAAGCUGUGAAGACAAUGCAGAAGCUAAUGGGUUUUGUGUGGAAUGUGUAGAAUGGUUGUGCAAGACCUGCAUCAGAGCUCACCAGAGGGUUAAAUUCACAAAGGAUCAUACCGUAAGACAGAAAGAGGAAGUAUCUCCAGAAGCAGUUGGUGUGACCAGUCAGCGACCUGUGUUUUGCCCUUACCACAAAAAGGAGCAGUUGAAGUUGUAUUGUGAAACCUGUGACAAGUUGACCUGCCGAGACUGUCAGUUACUAGAACACAAAGAACACAGGUACCAGUUUAUAGAAGAAGCUUUUCAGAACCAGAAGGUGAUCAUUGAGACACUAAUCACCAAAUUGAUGGAGAAGACUAAGUACAUAAAGUAUACAGGGAAGCAGAUCCAAAACAGAAUUCUUGAAGUGAAUCAGAAUCAAAAGCAGGUGGAACAGGAUAUUAAAGUUGCCAUAUUUACACUGAUGGUAGAAAUAAAUAAAAAGGGAAAAGCUCUGCUGCAUCAGUUGGAGACUCUGGCAAAAGAGCAUCGGAUGAAACUUCUGCAGCAACAACAGGAAGUGGCAGGUCUCUCUAAACAGCUGGAACAUGUCAUGAAUUUUUCCAAAUGGGCAGUUUCCAGUGGGAGCAGCACAGCACUACUGUACAGCAAACGCUUGAUUACAUAUCGACUACGGUAUCUUCUCCGAGCAAGGUGUGAUGCUUCACCAGUGACUAACAAUACCAUCCAGUUUCACUGUGAUCCUAGUUUCUGGGCUCAAAAUAUUUUCAAUCUAGGUUCUUUGGUAAUUGAAGAUAAAGAAACCCCACCACAUAUGCCCAAGAGCCCUGUGAUGGAAACAAAUUUACAGCCACCAGGCAGCUUACCUUCAAACCAGCUGUCUAAGUUCCCAACACAGAUAAGCUUAGCUCAGCUCCGACUCCAGCACAUGCAGCAACAGGUCAUGGCUCAGAGACAGCAAGCUCAACGCAGAGCAGGUCCAGUAGGUUUACCAAAUCCAAGAAUGCCAGGAGCCAUGCAGCAACCUCCUGCUUCUCAUCACGCACCUCCACGCUUGAUUCAUUUUCAGAAUCAUAGCCCCAAGUCCAAUGGUUCAGCAGUUCCUGCACAACAGAUGAGAUUUCCCCAAAAUCAGAACCUGCCAAGGCAAGCAAUAAAGCCCAACCCAUUGCAAAUGGCAUUCUUGGCACAACAAGCUAUAAAACAGUGGCAGAUCGGUAGUGGACAAACUUCAACUGCCCUUUCAACUGCCAGCAGCACAUCGUCUACUCCCUCCAGCCCUACAGUCACUAGUGCUGUGGGAUGUGAUGGGAAGACAUAUGGUCCCCCCGUGAUAGAUUUGAAUUCUCCAGUGGGUAGCUCCUACAAUCUGCCGUCUCUUCCUGACAUUGAUUGUUCAGGAAACAUCACACUGGAUAACGUUGUAAGGAAGGAUGGCACUACGGAGCAGAAUCAGCCAAAACCCCCUUCAAACAGAACUGUGCAGUCACCAAAUUCAUCGGUGCCAUCACCAUCGCCAGGCCUUUCAGGAGGAGUCAGUGUGACAAACAUACACCCUCCAAUUCGUUCACCCAGUGCCUCCAGUGUUGGGAGCAGGGAGAGUUCUGGCUCCUCCAGCAGGCCACCAGGAGCUGAUUCUACACACAAAGUCCCAGUUGUUAUGUUGGAGCCGAUCAGAAUUAAACAGGAGUCAAGUGCACCAAAUGAGAACUUUGAUUUCCCAAUUGUUAUAGUGAAGCAAGAAACGGAUGAGGAAUCGCGGCCUCGGAAUGCCACCUUUUCAAGAAGCAUACUUACUUCGUUGCUGUUAGAUAGCAAUCAUAAUUCCACUUCUGAUGAAGCUGUCUUAAGAACAGAUGCACCGGACAGCACAGACGAUCAGCCAGGGAUGCUGCAGGAGAAUGCAUCCGGUGGGAAGACAGGGUGGAUAGGCCCGUCCCAUGUCGGGGAGGGCAGAAAAGAGGAUGAUCCCAAUGAAGAUUGGUGUGCUGUAUGUCAAAAUGGAGGGGAGCUCCUUUGCUGUGAGAAGUGUCCCAAAGUAUUCCAUCUUUCUUGUCAUGUCCCUACAUUGAUGAGCUUUCCAAGUGGAGAGUGGAUUUGUACAUUCUGUCGGGAUUUGUCCAAGCCAGAAGUUGAAUAUGACUGUGAUAAACCCGCUCAAGGCUCUGAAAAAAGAAAAUUGGAAGACACUGUGGGUUUGGCGCCAAUAGACCGUAGGAAGUGUGAAAGACUGCUGUUAUACCUCUACUGUCAUGAAAUGAGUCUUGCUUUUCAAGAUCCAGUUCCUCCCACUGUUCCUGAUUACUACAAAAUAAUCAAAAAGCCUAUGGACUUGUCAACCAUCAAGAAAAGACUCGAAGUGACUAAUUCAUUCUACACAAAGCCGGAAGAUUUUGUGGCUGAUUUCAGACUGAUUUUCCAAAACUGUGCUGAAUUUAAUGAGCCUGAUUCAGAAGUGGCUGAUGCCGGCAUGAAACUUGAAGAGUACUUUGAAGAACUUCUAAGGAACCUUUAUCCUGAGAGAAAGUUCCCUGUACAACCCAACUGCCAGAGUGAAAAAAAUAAUCCAGAACAUACUGAUGACUCAGAUGAUGACUUUGUACAGCCCCAGAAAAAACGCCUCAAAGGAGAAGACCGUCAGUUGCUUAAAUGAGCCGCAUGUGUUACUACAGAAUGUUUUUUAAAAACUGAGAAUAUUUAUCACUGAUAAUUGUGAAAAGGGGAAGAAUCACGACUGCUUUGACUUGUAGGUUUGUGAAUAUUUACUAAACUUUCUACCCCUUGUCUGAAACACAAACCUAAUGCAGAUCAAGGCAUGUGGAGAGCUUCUCUGAAGUUCCAAACUUUUAUCGUACUUCUGGAGCAGCACAGAAAUUUCCAUUUGCGUGGGGUUACAGCUGUUAAACUUUACUUUGAGGAAGAAAAGAAGUUUGUAUAGAAUUGAACUUUAAAUCAUUACAUGGCUUCAACAUGUGGCUUUCUGAGUUCGAAGGAAAUGUGAUCUCACCAGACUUAAUUUUACCAAAGGCAUGUGGCUGGCCAUAAUUUGAUUUCUUUGUACUGUAUUUAACACAAGCCAUGAAAACAGAUGGUGUAAUAUUAUUGUCCUGCAAUACUGACUGGUACAACGAAAGUGUAGUUGCCCCCAAAGAAGUUAUUGGCAAUUUUAAAAUGUAAGGGAGAGUGUAUUAAAAAUAACUUUAAAAAAAAAAAGGGAAUUUGAGAGUUUUUAACUGAGGAAGUAAAGGACAGAAUACUUUGUUUUGCACCAUUUUUCUCACCACCAGCAAGAAACAAUGGUAUUCCUGUACUAUGUUGUUUAACAGGUGUCUCAAGUUUGAUGUACCUCUGUUUAAUGGAGUUGAUGGCAAAGUCUCAAGGGGAAAAAUGUUUGCUUUCAACUGUCAGUCAGUCUUUGUGUAUGUUUAGAGAGGGGAAAAAAAGCAUCCUUUCUGUCCACAGGCUCUUGUUGUUUUUCCAAAUUUCUAAAUAUGUUGUCAGAAUGCAGCCAGCACAGUUAUUCACUUGGAAGUACAUGUUUGAAGAGGUGGAGAAAAAGAUACUACUCUUUAACCCUUAGCCCUUUUAAAUCACCAGAAGGUGAAGACAAAUUAACUUUUUCUGUUCUACUUUCCAAAAGCAUUGACAACAAUAUAGACGGUUGUUUCUGCCCUCAGAGAUUGCAGAGUUAGAGAAGUACUUGUUUAUGGUUGCUCCAGCUAUUGGUUUAUACUCUUCGUUUAUGUCAUCUUAAAUGGAAACUGAAUUUUCAGGAGAGCAGGCAGUCUUUUGGAUUAAUUGAGCUCUGAUUGUGCCAGGAUUUUGCAGAUGGAAUUGUGAAGACAUCUGAGUGUACACAAGCCUGCUUUUGACUUGCUAUGUAGUACUGCUGUGGAUAGAUGAUUGAAGAGACAAGAUACAAGGGCUGCUUGUGUCUCCCUGCUAUGUACAUAUGCAAUCAGAAAAAGGCCUUUUUUUGCUCCUCACCAGAUGAGAUGCUACCCACCUGCCUUUGUCAUAGGGUGGCACUGCACACUUAAAUGUAGUAGGUGCUUCAAAAGAACAUUCCGUUGUGUUUGCAGCUGGCCUUUGACAUAGUUUUUGAAAGGCCAUGAUGAUUUAGUUGGUUUUUAAGCUGCCCAGAGUAAUCACAGUAACCACUUAUUUAUUUUCCUUUUUUUUUUAAAUUACUUGAAGAGAGUUGCUUGUAGCAGGAGUUUUACCAUCCCAGAGUACCAGAAAAAAAGGAAGAGAGGCAAAGGAGCAGAACAGGAUGGUGAGAGAGACCGUUCUAACAAAACAGAUGUGAUCAGUGCACACAACAGCAGCACAGACCUAAGAAAUAAGAGGCACUGCCAUUGCAACAUUUGAAGUCUUACAGAUCUAGCAAUGCCUAGAAGUCCUAGAUACCUUGUCACCAAGCUAACAGUGCUUCCAGAGGAAGGUGCUGUGUGUUCCUCUGGACCGUAAGUUGCAAGCACAGAUUUAUUAGAAGGCUGAGUACAUUCAGAAGUGAAGUUAAACACCUAUAUAGCUUCACACUCAAGUUGUUCUCCCACUGGAAAAUACUGGAGAGAGGAGUGUAGAUGUACGCCUGCAGUGCAGUUACUUACCUGUCUGCUGUAAGCUGUUUGAAAAUGUCUCUGUUUAAUCCACUGGAAAUAUCUGACUCAACUUUAAUUUUGUGGUCUUGAAUGCCACCCUAAGAAUCUUCAGAAAUUGCCACUGCAAUGAGGUUAGAGAUAUUAAAUUUAACUACUUUAAUGUAGAUUAUAUGUGCACAAAUAGUUGAGGAAUGCUAUUU